GAGAGAGAGGCACAGCGGAUUUAAAAGCUCCCACCUGACGAUCUAGCUUCACUUUCUUUGCUCUCACUAACUUCAGUCAUGCCGAAGAACGUCGCUUUGACCUGAUCAUCCUCCAACACACGCGAACUGAUCUCUGGUUAUCCUAAAGUCAAUCAAACAUAGAAAUACUUGGAAAUAUGACUGCUACACAAGUUGGAAUAACUUUGUUAUUUUUCACAGUUUCUGCGGGUUGCAUGGCCCGGAUUCUGGCCAGCGGGGUCAACGGCUCCUGUCUUUUCGAGGACCUGCUCUCCGGGAAGGGGCUGUCUAGAGGCUCGAACGGUUCGGACGAUUCUAACGGAUCCGCGGGGUUUUACCUCCUGGAUUUUGACGAAGGGACGCUCGCCGACUGGCGCUCUUUGGCCGACAAAAAGCGCUACGGGGGAGAGUCUCAGAACCGCAGCACCAAAGCGCUGCUGGUUUCCGCCUACUCGCUGAUCAUCGUGAUCUCCCUGUUCGGGAACACCAUGGUUUGCCACGUGGUCAUCAAGUCCAAGAGGAUGCACUCCGCGACGAGCCUGUUCAUCGUGAAUCUCGCGGUGGCGGACAUCCUCAUCACGGUCCUCAACACGCCGUUCACUCUGGUGCGCUUCGUCAACAGUAACUGGAUGUUCGGCAGGGUGAUGUGCCACAUCAGUCGCUUCGUCCAGUACUGCUCGCUGCACGUGUCCACGCUCACACUCACCGCAAUUGCUCUGGACCGACGCCAGGUGAUAAUUCAUCCUCUGCGUACGCGCAUGUCGUCGCUGAGGGGAGGCGUGUGGGUAGCAGUCAUCUGGAUGAUGGCCAGCUGCUUCUCCCUGCCGCACGCCAUCUACCAGAAACUACUGAGCUUUGCUUACAGGGGGCAGGAGCGCAGCCUGUGCGUCCCCGACUUCCCGGAGCCCUCGGACGUCUACUGGCAGUACAUCGCCCUGCUCACCUUCAUCCUUCUGUACCUGUUGCCGCUCCUCAUCAUCACGGCCGCCUACACCACGGUGGGCCGCCACCUGUGGCGGCGCAACGCCAUUGGCGACACCACCAUCACGCAGAACGCCAACCGGCGGCGCAAGCGGCGGCGGACGUUGGCCAUGCUGCUGCUAGUGGUGGGGGUGUUCGCCGUCUGCUGGUUCCCCCUCAACUGCUACGUGGUGCUGCUCUCCAGCCAGGCCAUCCACUCUUCCAACGCCCUGUACUUCUGCUUCCACUGGCUGGCUAUGAGCUCCACCUGCUACAACCCAUUCAUCUACUGCUGCCUCAACCCCACCUUCCGGCAGGAGCUGCGGCUGCUGGCCUCCGUCUUCCGGCGGCUGUGGCAGGCGCAGCGGGUGGGGGUGCCGCCGGCGGACCGCUCGGCCGGCGUGUGCGUGCCCUGUCAGAGGGCGGCGUGGCCCGACGGCAACGACGCCUCCUCCAGGCCCAGCCUGGGCUCCUCGCGGCCAAGCCACGCCUCCUCCCAGCCGAGCCACGGCUCCUCCUCCGUGUGCCCCUGCCACAACCCAAAGGACUCGCGAGUGCUUUUCCGGCAGGGGAUUUCUGGGAAAACCGACAUCUUGUCGGUGGAGCCCAUUGUGGCUCUGAGCUGAAGGAAGGGGUCGCGGAGUGUGGCUGAGACCGUAGAAACCCCCACGACUGCGACCUCUGUGGGGGGGGACGCUCCGGCUCGCUGGACGUGUGAGAGCGUUUGGACGCCCGUUCUGAAGGGAAUGUGUCAGGGGUUUGAUUCCCUGGCUGAGCGAGACACAUGUCAGCUCGUGGAUGUGGUAUGCGUGUGGUUGUGGUUGUACAGAAUGGGAGAAAGGACAAAGUCCUUGAUAUGGUGGUUGUACUGGACGUAAUGGUUUUUGGAAUGUCCUCAUUCAACCCAGAGAAGGCACUUAUGGUGCGUUUCCACCCGUGGUUGUGGUUCGCUUCGGUAUGAAUAGGUGCGGAACGGUUAGCAUUUCCAUCGCCAAAAGUGGGCGGGGUCCGGACUUAGCCGUACUUAUCUCUCAGUGCUCCUCGGUUUGGUUAGCAAGACAUCUGAAAGGGUGCCAACAAGUUUGAAAUACACGCCGUCCGUUGAUGGGUCGACAGAAUCGUCACUUCCGGGCGACAUGGGAAUAAAAACAAACAAACACAGUAUCCGCGAGGUGCUUAGUUUAUGAAGAAAAUGACCCGCAAAGGUUUGCCGUCCUUCUUGGACAUCCUACAUUGUUGCUCUUUGUUUAUAUUGUCACGUUCUUCAUUUUUUAAUUGGAUCAAUUAGCAGGCUGCACUGUGUCGGGCUGCUAUGAGUUCACGAUGCUUACUUAGCUGCCGCGGCUAUCGCCAUCCGGCUUAAACUCUGCCCUACCAUAAGGGUACUGUCUGCGAUGGAAAAGCAAGCCAUGACUGAGCUGCGCCUAACCGCACCUACACUACCAGACCUUAUCGUACUGGGCCCAACCGCACCUACACAACCAGACCUUAUCGUACUGGGCCCAACCGCACCUACACUACCAGACCUUAUCGUACUGGGCCCAACCGCACCUACACUACCAGACCUUAUCGUACUGGGCCCAACCGCACCUACACUACCAGACCUUAUCGUACUGGGCCUAACCGCACCUACACUACCAGACCUUAUCGUACUGGGCCCAACCGCACCUACACUACCAGACCUUAUCGUACUGGGCCUAACCGCACCUACACUACCAGACCUUAUCGUACUGGGCCCAACCGCACCUACACUACCAGACCUUAUCAUACUGGGCCUAACCGCACCUACACUACCAGACCUUAUCGUACUGGGCCUAACCGCACAGCCCGGUGGAAACGCGUCAUUAAAGACAGAGAGGAAAGGACUUCUCACCUUGACAACUAAUUUCUGGUCAAUAGUUCGUUAUGCGAUCGGUGCUCUCAUUCGUCUGUGAGCUUGACACCUUUGAAGGUCUCCUUUGAAGGCGACACCUUCAAACAGUGAGAACCAUAGACUACAUCACUGUCUCAGUAGGCCAUUCCAGCUAUUAGAUCUGAUCAAUAAUGUCAUCAACACACGCAAACACACCUAUAUGUUUAGUUCUGCCGUGAUAUCCUGUUUUAAUUGGAAAGGCUUUGAGCCACAGAAAAGUUGUACUGAUAACUUUUGAUGUGAGCCAUGUGAGCACAAACAGCAGGGAAUAGACUGGGCUAUUGUAACAGCUGGAGACUGAGACUCCGGAUCAAAAGAGUGUACAGUUCUGCAUUAAAACAUUCUCAAUGGGAGAAAACUAAAGAAAUGUGUGCUGGCCGAAUGUACCUAGACACUGUUUAAUUGUUCCUUGACAUAUAUUAUUUCCUAACCUUUCUUGUAAAAUAAGCUACAAUUUUUGGGGUAUUUUUUUAUUUAGGGCCUCUGAGUUAAUCGCAUAAAGUAUACCUGCUCUCUGUAUAACAAGAGAUGGAAGCGAUACUUAUGCAACCAAUUUUUUCCAUUUGCAGGAAUAAUGUCAACACUCGUAUAAUAGCGCCAUUCAGCAUCAAACACAAUAUAAACCAGCAUGAAAGAACUCCCCGUUUCUGUGUGUAACCCCCACGGUUGAUCAUUAGGCUUGGGCAGGACGGCAUAUCAUUGGUCACCUAGCAACCUUAAUAUACAUUAAUGUGCAAAGGUUACAAUGCCUUUGCACAUCUAAACUGAUCCGGCAAAACAUUCAGGGUGCCUUGAAUGCUGUUGACCAACGUAGACUUUGGUCUUAAGAUAUCCCUGAAGGGCCAUGUGAAGCACUAAGGUGCCAAGUGUGUCCAUUGCAAUUUGAUAUUCACCUCACAGCCAGUGAAAAACAUUGUUUAUUUUUGUUUUACAGCAUAUUUACUUGUGGAGUUAAUUUGGUAUUCAUGACUCAUUUGUUAUUAAUAGAGAUGUCUAAACAGAAAAUUAUCAAUUGAGCUAAUUUAAUAGAGUGAGCCUGUCUUUCUUUAAUUUUGUCUGUUAUUCCAUUUAAGCUGUUUCAGGGAGUCUGAAACUCAGGGACAUCUUUGGUUCACAUCUCAAAGGAGAGGGCAGCAGGAAAAUACCACAGCCUUGAAUGUCCUUUUAAGGCUUUUGCUGCUUACUUACACACACACACACACACACACACACACACACACACACACACUGUUUUCUGUAUAUUUAAUAUAUACAUAGCGGACUAGUUACCCAGGGAACAUCAGGCUCCAUUAACAUUAGUUUCUUCUCUUCACUCUCUCUCUGGCGUUCGGUCAGAAAGCAAGUCUGUGUCUCUCUCUCGCUCUCACUCUUGCUCUCUCUCGCUCUGUCUCUCUCUCCUCGCUCUGUCUCAGUAUCGGUCGUUAGAAGCGCAAUUUGGACUAUUGAAAAAAGUGGAAAAAUAAUUGCUGUUAUCCAGUCAACCGGAAAGGGCAAAAUCAAAUUUUGUUAUUGACUGAAUGCCCCCGAUAACCCUUUUAUCCCAGGGGUAUUCAUUUAACAUUUCAACAGUGUUCACUUUGGUCUACCUUCAGAACUUAUGGACCAAACAAAAGAUGAUUUCCGGUUUAUAUUAACAUAUUCUGUACGUCCUGGCGGGACACUCUAGUCAUGUGCCCCAAUCAGCUGACAGCUAACGCUGUCCAAUCAAACACAUGUACACUGAUAGGCGGUCAAUUUAAGACCUUCCUCAAACUCUCUGGGAAGUUAAAUGUGCUGAGCAGAGUUUCGCCUACCACCACCCCAGGCUCCAAAUGCUUUGAUUCAGCUCUGUAUUGUAUGUAACCUGUACGAUGGGGCUGAGAUAUCUGAUGUACCCCAUGUGGGAUUGUAUCGUGCUCCCUGUUAUAAAAUGUUAUUAUGCUGUUGGUGAUCUGUAUCUGUCAUCUGUAGGUCAUGUUUUAAAUGAUACAGCAGGGAGCACCAGAAAAGAGUGGAACCAUACCGCCACACUGAAUUGUAUGUCCGUUUCAUGAAAUAAAUGGUUAAAUCGA